AAAUGCUUCUGGAUUGUCAACUUACACCCCAGAUACUCACCGAAACGACACGUUUACAACACAACAGCCGAACACAUCUGGAGUUUGAAGGCCUCCACCGUUAGCGCUUCCAUUCUACUUAUCCAGAAAGAAUCGGCACCGCACCACACCCGCUACAACCUACCACAUCUCACCCCGCCACCAUGUCCCGCCAUCAUCCCGACCUCGUCAUGUGCCGCAAGCAAGCCGGCAUCUCUAUCGGCCGCCUCUGCGACAAAUGCGACGGCAAAUGCCCCGUCUGCGACUCGUACGUGCGCCCGACCACCCUCGCCCGCAUCUGCGACGAGUGCUCCUUCGGCAACUACCAGAACAAGUGCGUCGUCUGCGGCGGCGAGGGCAUCUCUGACGCUUUCUACUGCUUCGAAUGCACCCGCUUGGAGAAGGACAGGGACGGCUGCCCAAAGAUUAUAAACCUGGGUAGUAGUAGGACGGAUCUGUUCUACCAGAAGAAGAAUUUUAGGAAUCACUAGCGGGAGAGGGUUGUGGGCGCCACAAGAACAUCGACACGCUCGUUGCGA